AUGGGUCGCUGGUUCGCGCUGGGUUUCUUGGCCACUGCCAGUGGCAAGGUCUACUUCUCCGAGACCUUCGGCAGCGGUUGGGAAAAUCGAUGGACCUCCAGUGAGUGGAAAAAGAGCGAUGGCACGCAAGGCACCUGGAAAUUAUCGCCGGGCAAGUGGUACAAGGACGAGUCCGAAGAUCAGGGAAUCCAAACCGCGGAGGAUUCGCGUUUCUUUGGCUUGUCUGCGGGCUUCGACUCCUUUAGCAAUGCGGGCAAGGAGCUCAUCAUCCAGUACCAGGCCAAAUAUGAGAAGGACAUCGAAUGUGGUGGCGGCUAUGUCAAGGUAGGUCCAAAGCUCAGCGAUCCAACGACUUUUGGAGAUCCCACACCUUACAACAUCAUGUUUGGGCCCGACAAGUGCGGCUACACCAAGCGUACCCACCUGAUCUUCAACUACAAGGGCAAGAACGUGCUGAAAAAAUCCGACUUGGCUUACAAGCAGGAGGGUGACGGUACUUCCCAUGUCUACAGGUUAGUCUUGAAGCCGGACAACACGGCUCGAGUGGAGAUUGAUGGCGAGAAGAUCUAUGAAGGAUCUCUGAAAGAGGAUUGGGAGUUGCUAGCCCCAAAGGAGAUCAAAGACCCGGAGGAUAAGAAGCCCAGUGAUUGGGUGGACGAUAGUAUGAUGGACGAUCCCGAGGACAAGAAGCCCGAGAACUGGGUCGAGGAGAAGCGAAUUGUGGACGAGAAGGCGAAGAAACCCGACGACUGGGAUGAUGAGGAAGACGGUGAAUGGGAGGCACCCAUGAUCGACAACCCUGAGUACAAGGGCGAAUGGACAGUGAAGCGUAUCAGCAACCCCGCCUACAAGGGCGUUUGGGAGGCCAAGAAGAUCGCGAAUCCUGAGUUCGUGGACGAUGACAACCUCUACAAGUACGAUGACUUCGGAUUCAUCGGUUUCGACCUCUGGCAGGUGAAGGGCAACACCAUUUUUGACAAUGCCGACAAGUUCGUGGCGAAGUGGAAGGCACUCAGCGAGGUCGAGAAGGAAAAAAAGAAGGAGGAGGAUGACGCCAAGGCAGAAGAAGCCAAGAAGGCGGCAGACAGCAAGGAGGACGACGAUGAUGACGACGAGGCGGAGUCGGAGUGA